AUGCACCGCUUCCUCAAACACUACGCAGACUUCAUCAUGACUACCCCGGACCUGCGGGAAGCAUCGAAAGCACUUCGGGACGAGCAGGAGGAAAGCUCGAAGAGGAUUAAGCAGCUCGUGCAACAUAGCCUGUGCCUCGUGGGGUACUUGAGCAAUCUGCAAUCGUGACCUCGAUUUGGCUUGAAGGAAGCAAGGAGACGGAUGGCACGAUUGAACAGAACGCUUUUCGUCUUCCCUUGCCUUCAUGAUGAGGGCGUUUUGACCCGCCCUUUGCCGGUGUUUCGUAAAAACUCGCCACACGUCACAGCAGUGUUGGGUGGGUGAGCCCAGGUGGUAGGACAUGUAGUACUGCCACACCCACGCAACGAAAAGACGCUUGGGCUAGGCCUGCCACGCCGCCAUCUGAGGGCUGGCUCUUUAGUGUAAGAGCUGUAACACUGCGGUACUGUGUUGUGAAUUUACGCUGUAGUGUCUGAAGCGUAACUUCUCGAACCUACUCUUGAUAUUGACCCCAGGUUCUUGACCCCAGUUAGGCCGCUUCUCCGUGUUGACUUCGUUUUAGACUUGACAAUCUCCAGAGUCUUGGCGAUCUCCAGAGUCUUGUCUGAAAAUAAGUUGUUUUUCUCCGGUCGAUGUUCUCGAGAUGGCAUGACAGAUGUUAGAGUGAGUUCAAAGACGUGUUUCUCCUGCCUCCUCAAGUUUCGCUCGGAAGCUUUUUUUGUCAGUUUUCGAGAAUCUGUUUGUCUUCGGUGACUUACUCGUAGAUUUCCUCGGUGCGACACAGAGCCGACCCGCAAAACCAAAACUUUAACCCCCACAGGUCAUCAAUUUCCAUGCUCAUUUGCCGCACUCCAGUCCAAGAAGGUUUUCAUUUAUUUCCGGUAGUGUUAUAUACGACACCGGUGUCUACUUCCUUAUAUACGACACCUACCAUUUCUUGGCCCACAGGGCUCCAAUCGGCGUACAACAAAAUGCGCUGUGUAGCCACGGCCCGCAGCUAUCAGCCCAUACCAUUUUGGGUCAAAUCGGCCAAGUGGUUGAAGAGUAUAUAAGCUUAUCUACGACACUGCCCUUGGGGACAUCGUCCAGCCGGAUGUAGGCGUACCAUGGCACUGACUGGGUGGAUUUCGCCCCACAGCGGCUUGAACGAUAGC